AAGCCCCGCCACGCCCCGCCACGCCCCGCCACGCCGCCCUGUUGCUCUUUGUUGCUGCAAGAUUCGUAAGCACGGUGUGAGUGUGCAAGGCGCGCAAGGCCCAGGAUGGAGGCGCUGGCGCCGCUGGCCGUCGAGCACCGCCUCGUGCUGCUGGCCGUGGCCGUGGUGGCCGUCAACUACCUCCUCGGCUGGACGGCGACCGUCGCCGCGUCCACGCAGAUCGUCCUCGCCGUGCUCGCCGUGGUGGCCACGCGCUACCGCCGCCGCCUACUCAUCGUCUGCAGGACACUGCCCCGCGACCUGACGUUCGUGCACCGCUACCUGUGCAUCAAGUGGGCGGCUAGCAGGUACCGGCGCAACAAUGACUCCGUGCCCGUCAUCUUCGGCAAGGGCGCGCGCCGCCACCCCGACAGGGUGCUGCUGCGCUUCAACGACGAGCAGUGGACCUACAAGGACAUCGACGAGCUGAGCAACCGCGUGGCCAACGCGUUCCUCGCGCAGGGCUUCAAGAAGGGCGACACGGUGGCGCUGUUCAUGGGCAACUGCCCGCAGUACGUGUGCGUGUGGCUGGGCCUGUCCAAGAUCGGCGUGGUCAUCGCCUUCGUCAACCACAACCUGCGCAGCAUGCCGCUCGUGCACAGCGUCAAGGUGGCCGACUGCUGCGCCGCGGUCUUCAGUCCGGAGCUCGCCGACGCCAUGCUGGAGGUCCGCGGCGACUUCGAGACCCCCCUGAGGCUGUUCCAGCUGGGCGGCGAGGGCCCCAAGGGCGGCCCCGUCGAGCUUCUGCAGCCCCUCCUGGACGGCGCGGCCGCCAGCGCGCCCGACUGCACGCCGCCGGGCUACCGCGACAAGCUGCUGUACAUCUACACGUCGGGCACCACGGGGCUGCCCAAGGCGGCCAUCCUGCCUCACUCCAGGUACCUGUUCGCGACGCUGGCGGCGGUGCACUCGCUGCAGCUGAAGGAGAGCGACGUCAUCUACAACCCGCUGCCGCUGUACCACACGACGGGCGGCAACGUGGGCAUCGGGUGCGCGCUGGUCGCGGGGCUGACGGUGGUCAUCCGCGCCAAGUUCUCGGCCUCCGCCUACUUCCCCGACUGCGCCAAGUACAAGUGCACGGUGGCGCAGUACAUCGGCGAGAUGUGCCGCUACGUGCUGGCGGUGCCCCCGCGGCCGUCGGACCGCGAGCACGGCGUCCGCCUGAUGCUGGGCAACGGCAUGCGCCCCACCAUCUGGAGGACCUUCAUGGAGCGCUUCAACAUCCCCAACGUGGUGGAGCUGUACGGCGCCACGGAGGGCAACGCCAACAUCGUGAACUUGGACAACACCGUCGGCGCGGUGGGCUUCCUGCCCCAGUCGCUGCCGCAGUCCAUCUACCCCGUCGCCAUCAUCAAGACCAACCUGGAGACCGGCGAGAUCAUCCGUAACGAGCGGGGACUCUGCGACCGGUGCGGCGUUGAUGAGCCGGGCAUGUUCAUCGGACUGAUCAGCAACAGGGACCCGACGCGGGAGUUCCACGGCUACGUCGACAAGGAAGCCUCCAAGAAGAAGGUCAUCGAGGACGUCUUCGUCAAGGGGGACAAGUAUUUCCUCACCGGCGAUAUCCUGGUGAUGGACGAGCUGGGCUACAUGUACUUCAAGGACCGGACGGGGGAGACGUACAGGUGGAAGGGCGAGAACAUCGCGACCGCCGAGGUGGAGGCGGCCGUCGGCGCCGUCCUGGGGCUGCGCGACGUCACCGUGUACGGCGUGGAGGUGCCCAAUGCCGAGGGUCGAGUGGGCAUGGCCGCCUUCGCCGACCCCGACGACACCGUGAGCAUCGAGGGGCUCGCCCAGGGCGUCGACAAGAUGCUGCCCUCCUACGCCCGGCCCGUGUUCCUCAGGAAGGUGGCCGCCCUGGAGAUGACGGGCACGUACAAGAUCAAGAAGUACGUCCUGCAGAAGGAGGCUUAUGAUCUGAAUGUAGUGAAGGACCCGCUUUACAUCAGGAGCGGCAAAACUUACAUUCCUUUCACUGCCCAGGAAUUCCAAAGUCUUCAGACCGGACAGAUUCGCCUGUGAUACAACUACUUUUCCUAAAGAACCCACUUUUUAGAGAAGACUGUCAAGAGAGAGACGCCUGUUUGAGGAGGGAGUCGUAUGUGAUACUGACAUGAAGAUUGUUCACAAAAUGUUUGCGCUGAGUGUGGGAUAGUCCUCAUGCCAUAAAACUAAGUCGCAGUGGUAGUUUUUAAGUGGGAGGGGCGGGGUGGGAAGUCAGCUCGGGCAUAUCAAAUGUGUGAUAGGACUGUCCUUAUUUGUGGAAAAUAAAAGUUUCUUUUGUUUGUAAUGUUUUCAUGAAUUAGAGUCGCCACAACGAAUGUAUUAUACACAAUAUUGUUAAUUUAAUUGUGUAAAUGUGUUGUGAUUGGUUUCUCGUUGGAGAAAUACAUACUUUUUGUCAAAAUUUCGAUGAAAAGUGGGAGUACAACAAAACGAAGCCCCAUUUCUUUCUACAUCUUGCCGUAAAAUCAUUGCCAAAUGUGCAGACAUGUGAGUUUCUCUUGAAAAACAAAGCAUUAGGUAUGUACCUCGCAAGACGUAUACGCUAACGUAAUAAAAUAUUUCUUUUUACUUGUUUUAACAGCUUCAUUUGAA